UUGAAUGGCCAUAGUGUGCUACCGUGUAAUACAAUUAAUACAUAAUACAUCACAAUUCUUAAUCUUUUUCCAUUUCCACACGUUCUCACUUCGCUCCUCCUACGAUAAAUUACACUGCUACAGGUCGUGUUUGUCUAAUGACCACUGCGGAGGACUUAGAAUUGUCGGAUUCAGACAAGGUACAACCUUGGAGCACAGACAGCGGCAUGGAAUCGAUGACCGACAGUAAUAAGGAUGUAACACCAAUGUCAGAAAACUUCGAUGACGACGAAGAAGAUGAAACUUUAGGUGAACGUUUGUGGGCGUUAACAGAGAUGUUUCCAGAAUCUCUAAGAAAGGGCACCGAAAAAAUAGUUAAUACCACUGGUAAACUCAUCGUAGACACUUACUUAUUUGCGUGUACUUCGACAUGGUAUGUCUCAACAACAGCGGCUCUGUUACUUAUGCCCGUAUUAUUUGAAACUGAACGCGUACAAAUGGAAGAAGCACAGAAAAAUCAUUCAAAACAACUGUUGCUAGGUCCAGGUAGUGCAGGCAACUUGGGUGGAGGAACUACUAUGCUGCCCAAUUAAUAUAUUUUUGUCGUAUAUUAUAUUUUUAACCUAUCUACCUUAGUUAUUACUUUGCCGAAAUAAAUAUUUG